AUGGGCGUCGUCUUGACGAAGAUCCUGCAGCGCUUUUUGCUCACGAAAUACGACCAACGCAUCUUGAUACUCGGGUUGGAUGCGGCCGGUAAGACAACCAUUCUCUACAAGCUGAAGCUGGGCGAAGUGGUCACCACGAUACCCACAAUCGGCUUCAACGUAGAGACCGUGGAGCACAAGAGCUUGUCAUUCACUGUGUGGGAUGUGGGAGGCCAAGACAAGAUUCGCCAUCUUUGGCGCCAUUACUACCAGAAUACGCAAGGCGUGAUCUAUGUGGUUGACAGCAGCGACCGAGACCGCAUCGACACGGCCCGCGAUGAGCUCACCAAAUUAUUGAAUGAAGAGGAGUUACGUCAUGCAGUGCUUCUGGUCUUCGCAAACAAACAAGACCUGCCCAAUGCCAUGACUGCAGCAGAAGUCACCGAGAAGUUGGGGCUGCAGGACCUGGAGCAGCGGCGAUGGUUCAUCCAGUCGGCUAGUGCCACGACAGGACACGGUCUGCACGAGGGUCUGGACUGGCUCUCCCAGACGAUGUGCUCAAAGUCCUAA